AUGUCUUCCCCCGCCGUGAACAAAGCACCCCCAAAGCUGGGCUCCAAGGCCGGAACCCCCGCCAAAGCCCGCAAAGCCUCCGGCUCCAGCGCAGCCAGCAAGCCCAGCACUGUCACCGCAAGCCCCAAGGUCACAAAGAAGACCGCCACACCCCGCAAACUCUCCCAGAAAGCCCCCGAACCAAUUGAAGACGACGUCGACGAGCAGUCUAUCCCAGAGACACCCUCCCCGAAGUCAAAGAGACGCACCGAGCAGCGCCGCCCCGUCUCCCCACCCGACGACGCCGCAUCCCAGGCUCCUUCUGUCUCCGGCUCCGCAGCCCCACUCAGCCGCGGCGGCUCCAGCUUGGCCGGCAAGGCUAAGGAUGUCGCUGGCAAGACGAAGGAGACAGCCGAGAAGAGUGUUGAAAGUGUCACAAGUGGCGCCAAGGAUGCCACCAAGACUGCUACCGAUAACCUACCCGUGCCGUUCGACCUGUCUGCUUUGAAGGGUCUUGAUGUCGCCGAGGGCGGCAAUAUUCUAGGACAGGAUGGGAACCCCAUUGGCAAGGUUGUCGAGGGGGAUCCAGAGGAUCUCGUCGGACAAACCGUUGGUGAUGACGGCGAGAUUGUUGACGAGGAAGGUGAUUUGAUUGGUCGCGUCGAUAUCUUGCACGAGGUCGCGGACAAAGCUAAGAACGCCGCCGAUGACGCCCAGGAGAACGUCGGAGAGGCUGAUCUCGAGAACGUUGUUACGGACAUCGCUCAGCUUGAAGGCCUCCCUGUUUCUGAUGGCGGUGUUAUCAAGAACGCUGCUGGUCAGAUCGUCGGCCGUAUUGUGGAGGGUGACCCUGAAGAUCUUAUCGGGUAUACCCUCAACGACGACGGUGAAAUUGUUGAUGAAGAUGGCGAUCCCAUUGGCCGUGUUGAUUUGGUUCCUGUUGAGGAUCAGAAGAAGGCCAUCGAAGAGGCCACUGGUGAUGCCACUGACAAGGUCGAUGGCGCUAAGGGAGAUGUUGAGGAUCAGUACGAAGAUGCUCAGGACGAUAUCCCCGCCGAUCAGGCUAAGAGCGCUGUUGAUGGCGCGGCUGAUGAGGUUGAAGACGGUGUUUCCGAUGCCGAAGGGAAUGUCGACAAGGCUAAGUCUACCGCCGAAGAUGCCGCCCCCGACGCAGAAGAUGCUACUGAUUCCGUUGAUGGCGCUGUCGACGAUGCUACGGACACCGCCGAAGAUGGCAAGAUUAACCUCGAGGAUAAUGUCGACGACGCCAAGGAUACCGCCGAAGACAAGGUUGAAGGUGCCGAAGAUACCGCCGAAGACGCCAAGGAUGCCGCUGAAGAGACCGCCGAAGGUGUUACCGAUGCCCCCGACGACAAGGUCGAAGGCGCCGAAGAUGCCGCCGAAGAUGCCGCCGAAGAUGCAACCGAUGCCCUCGACGACAAGGUCGAAGGCGCCGAAGAUGCCGCCAAAGAUGCCGCCGAAGAUGCCGCCGAAGAUGCCCAGGACACCGCCGAGGAUGCUGCCGAAGAUGUCGAGGAAAAUAUCCCCGGAUUGGAGACCCUCGAAGGCAAGGUCUGCAACAAGCUCGGCUACAUCAUCGACGAAGCAACCGGCAAGCCCGUUGGCCAAGUGACCGAAGGUGACCCCAAGAAACUAGCUAAGCUCGGCUCGACACUCGACGACAAGGGCCAGUUCUGGGACAACCGCGGCAAUGUGAUCGGCCAAGCUAAGGCACUCCCUAUCGAGGAACACGAUGGCGACGAAGGCCCCUUCUCCGGUCUAGAGGGUCUCGUUGUCGGUGAAGACGGCUUUGUGGUCGACGAGAACUCGACCCGCGUCGGCCGUCUGAUCGAAGGCGAUGCGAAGAAACUGAGCGGCCGUGGCGUUGACGAGGAUGGCGAAAUCCUCGACCGCAAGGGUAACGUCCUUGGACGGGCUGAGCGCCUCGAACCCGAGGAAGAGCCCGAGGAGGAGGAAGAGGCUGGUCCUGACUUUUCCGCUGUCAAUGGCCUCACAUGCAACAAGGCAGGCUAUGUCAUCGGACCCGACGGCUAUCCGAUUGCCCGUGUUGUCGAGGGUAACCCCAAGGAGCUCGCCGGUAAGAAGAUUGACGAGGGUGAGAUUUACGACGGAAAGAAGGUCAUUGGCCGUGUGGAGCUUAUCCCCGAGGAUGAGAUCGACAGUAAGCCCGAGGGUAUCUUCGCUGGCAUGGACAGCCUCUUUGUGACCAAGGAUGGAUUCGUCGAGGAUGAUGAGGGAUCCAUUGUUGGUAAGCUUGUCGAAGGCGAGGCUAAGAAGCUUCGUGGUCGUGCUGUCGACGAGGAUGGAGAGAUCACCGAUAAGUACGGAAAUGUCAAGGGCCGUGCUGAGCCCUACGAGCCCCCCGAGGAGGAGCCCGCUCCCGAAGAAGACCUCUCUAUUCUCGAUGGCAAGGUCGUUAAUAAGUCUGGCAAUGUUGUUGAUCCUACUACUGGUGCAGUCGUUGGACGUAUCCUCGAAGGUGAUAAGCGCCUCGCUGGAUGUAAGGUCGAUGGCAAGGGUCAAAUCUGGGGUGACAAUGGUAAGGUUGUUGGACGCGCUGGGCUUAUCCCUGGCGCUGAGCAAGAUAAGGCUGAAGGUCCAUUCUUUGGAUUCGAUAACGCUAUUGUCGGCAAAGAUGGAGUUGUGCAAGACGGUGACAAGAUCAUCGGACGUCUAAUUGAAGGCGACGCCAAGCGUCUCCUUGGCCGUAAGGUUGACGAGGAGGGUGACGUCCUCGAUAAGAACGGCAACUCUAUCGGUAAGGCCGAGCGUUGGGAGCCUGAGGAGAAGAAGCGAGAUAUCAACCCCAUGUCUGGUCGCAAGGUCAAUAAGGAGGGCGAAGUCCGCGAUGAGGACGGCAACCUUAUUGGCAAGCUGACUGCGGGUAACCUCGCCACGCUGAUCGGCAAGAGUAUUGAUGACAACGGCUAUGUCAUUGACAACGAUGGCAAUAAGAUCGGCGAAUGCACCUUGCUUGAGAACAUCCCCGAGCCCGAGGAGGAGGUCGAGGAGGGGCCCACGGCCGAAGAACAGGAGGCUGCGGCGAAGGCUGAGUCCGACCGACAGCUCGCCGAGAAGAUGAUCUCUAUCCUUAGCCAGACUCUUGACCGAGUCAAGCCUGUGUGUAAGCAGAUCACUGAGGCCUGCGAUAAAGCCGACCAUACCAAGAAGGAGGACCUUGACGAGGAGAAGCUUGUUCAAACCGUCAAGCCGCUCCUCGAAGAAGGCGGCCGCAUUCUGCAAGAGUGCAACGGAGCCAUCCGCGCUCUUGACCCCGAUGGACGCAUCGCCGCGACCGCUAAGGCGCGCGCUGCUUCUCGCGAUGCCACUCCUGAGGAGUAUCAGCUUGCCGACCUGAUCAAGGAGCUCACUGAGACGGUUGUCAAGACCAUUGACAACGGCAAGAAACGUAUUGCUGAUAUGCCUCACGCCAAGAAAGCGCUGAACCCCCUCUGGGGUCUGCUCUCUGAGCCGUUGUUCCAGAUCAUCGCUGCCGUUGGCUUGUUGCUUACUGGUGUGCUUGGCUUGGUUGGUCGUCUGCUUGAUGGUCUUGGUCUCGGUGGAUUGUUGAAUGGACUGCUUGGCAGUCUUGGAUUGGAUAAAAUAAUCAAUGGACUUGGUCUGGGAGGUCUGACUGACGCUCUUGGACUUGGAGGAAACAAAUGA